AUGCCUACUGUACAAGUUCUCAUUCUCAUUGUUGACAAACCUUACAAUUCGGAUACGGUCGGCCUAUCGCUUGACGCUAAUGCUAUUGAAGACCAAUCUACUACAGACAGGCCCACUGUCGAAAUACUCAAUGCAUGGACCCUCGAUUACUUCUACAAGGGAGAAGGGAAAGAAAAAUUCGAAGGCGGGUAUAGAUGGAGGUGGUGCGAUUCCGCCUCCUGCAAGAUCCAAGCAAACACAAAUGAGUUGAAGGCUGAAGACGGCCUCGUGUUCGACCUCGCAUCAUACGAUGUGCAGCGACCAUUCAUGCAGCGACCAUCCAUACACAUACUUGAUUGGAUUGAUAGCAGUAAUAUUGGUAAUGUGGAAGCGAAGGAUUGUCUAUGGCAAAGGAUAGAUGGAACGAUCAGUUCGUUUGAUAAGGAUUUCGAGGCGUUCAACAAUGAUCCAGUCAAUAAUGACCUAGAACAAGGUAGGUUUAGGCUGGAAUUGCUCGGUGCUAAAGACUUCGACGAGACGACUAGUAGCAGAUUUGCCAUGGUAAGAAAAUCUCAGUCACCCGGUGCGACCGGAACUGCAAGCGUUUCUAGUUGGACACAACGAUACUGGUGGGAGAUCAAGGAGAUACAGGUAGACAGCGCAUUUCCAAUAUUGUCGACAUACUUAGUCUUGUCGGCCGAGCCCAAUCUGGCUAGCGGCAAGAACUUGAGUGACCAGCGCAGCAAGAUAAUGUCCAAUAGCUCAUCGUCAUGCUCAUUCCGACUGCGAAUACUCGAAUUAUUCCCGCAAGGCUUCACUAUCAGAUUAGGAGCACCACAUGCUUCUGGAAGCAGGAUACAGAUCGGUUAUACACAGGGUAUUGUAAUAUACCCCGGGUCAUGUGUUUCGACUACCGGACAGGGCAUGAAGGCUACCAGCCAAUCACCACGUCUUCGCGCCACUCAUCUCAUCUAA